ACGAAGAAGAAGGAAAAUCAGACCGGAAACGACGAUCAUGGCGGAAGUUAUCGCCAUCGCAGUAAAACAACAACGCGCCAAAUUUGUGCUAUUCACUGUUGUCACUACCUAGAGAGACACAUGAAGAAGUUUGUCGAAUCUUUGUCAUUAUACUUAGGAGACGCUGCUUGCUAAGGAAGGCUGUGCAUGUAAGAUAGUUAUUUAACUACGAGUUGACAACAUCUUGCUUUUCAAAUUAUUCCGGUUGAUUUAGCUCAGUGCAUCAUGGCUGUGCCUUUCGUGCAAGACUGGGACCUUGUUCAGACACUGGGUGAAGGAGCCUAUGGAGAAGUAAAGCUGCUGGUGAACAGACAGACAGAGGAGGCGGUAGCAGUGAAGGUGAUCGAUACCUCCCAGGCUAAAGAGUGUGCUGAAAAUGUAAAGAAGGAAGUCUGCGUCCAUAAGAUGCUCAACCACGCCAACAUCGUUCGUUUUUUUGGCCAUCGGAAGGAAGGUGUAACUAUGUACCUUUUCCUGGAGUACUGUACUGGAGGAGAGCUGUUCGACCGAAUCGAGCCUGAUGUGGGGAUGGCGGAGAAAGAUGCUCAUAAAUUUUUCCAGCAGCUAAUAGCGGCUGUGGAAUACCUCCACUGUGCUGGCUUCACCCACAGAGACAUAAAGCCAGAGAACAUUUUGCUGGAUGACAAAGAUAAUCUGAAGCUUACAGAUUUUGGCCUGGCCACCAUGUUUCGGUUCAAAGGACGAGAACGUCUUCUGAAUCGACUCUGUGGGACUCUUCCUUACGUGGCUCCAGAGCUUCUCAGCCAACCAGAGUACAAAGCUCAGCCGGCAGAUAUCUGGGCUUGUGGGAUUGUCCUCACUGCCAUGCUGGCUGGAGAGUUGCCAUGGGACCAGCCCAGUGAGAGCUGUCAAGAGUAUUCAGACUGGCUUCAAAAGAAGACAUACCUACCUCCUUGGAAGAAAAUACAACCAAUGCCUCUUAGUUUGUUGUCCAAAUUACUGCUGCCCAGUCCAGAUGCACGCAUCACUAUUGCAGACAUACAGAAAGACCGCUGGUUUACUCAAGGUGUGAAGCAACCACCUCUGGGCUCAGGAGGAAACAAACUUCUUCGACUGGAUGUGGGACUCCUAUCUCGGGCCAACAGUGAUGACAGGAUGCAGUUUUCCAGCUCUCAGCCUGAUUUUGCGGCAGGUGGCUGGGAAGCCAUGUUGUUAAUUGGCCAAAGCGAUGGCCAAGUCAGCUUCUCUCAGCCGACCAAGCCGGAGCACAUGUUGCUGGGUAGUCAGCUCUUGGGCACACCGGGUGCAAGUCAGUCGCCGUGGCAGAGAUUAGUGCGGAGAAUGACUCGUUUCUUUACCACUGUGAAUGCCGACGUCUCCUUAUCGGCCCUGAAAGACGCCUGUGACGGCCUGUCACUUGGCUUCAAACUCACUUGCACCAAACAGGUGAUGGUGAGCACACUGGACAAACGCAAUAACAAACUCCUCUUCAAAGUCCACUUGCUAGAGAUGAAUCAGAGAGUGCUGCUGGACUUCAGACUGUCUAAGGGUGACGGUCUGGAGUUUAAGCGUCUCUUUGUGAAAAUAAAACAGAAGCUCGGUGACAUCAUCAGCACUCAGAAGAUUUUACCCCCCAUCACAUGAGCAGCCUUUACAUAGAAAUGCACACUGCUAUGGUCAUUGGAGGGAGAACCUGUAUAUAUUUAGCUGUUCUACUGAUAUUUUUAAAUUGGCCUGCUGUUCUCUGUGUGUGUGUCCCUGUUUGAAGUUAAGUGUUAGGGACCAGGCUGGCAGACAUUUUUUUCAAAACUUGAGUUAAAUCCUUACUUAAAGGAGUUAUUCAGAUUAGUGUUCAAAAGUCAUGAUUGUCAAAGUCAGGUACACAUAGGGAUUAGGCAAGUGUGUGUAUGUGUGAUUUGUUCUGAUUAUGUUUUAAAUGAUACAGUCCAGAGUCUUGAAUAAAUUAUUAAAAGACCAACA